UAAGCUCUUAAUGUCACACUCAUGUGGACUCUUUCUUGCUCUCUAAAAGUUGUGCAGGUGUCGAUGAUCAGACUGUCUGGAAACGGGACUCUAAAAGAAGGAGACUCUGUAAAUCUGACUUGCGCUGUGAACUGCACUCUCAGCUCUCCACAGUUUGUGUGGUUUCAGAAUACAGACCGUUUACCUGAAUCAGGCUCUGUUCUUCACCUCCCUGCUCUGACUGUGAGGAACUCUGGGAAUUAUUCCUGUGCUUUGAGGAACUACGAGACCUUCACGUCUGAAAUGAUCAGCCUUGACGUGGAAGGACCUUUCCCAGUUUUGGGCAUUGUUUGGAUUGUCCUUGGAGUAAUUCUAUUUAUGCUACUUGUGGCUAUCUUAGCUGUAGUUUACAAAAGGAGGAAGAAGGCAAAAGCUCCAGAAGAAGACAUUAGAGGAAGUGACAGGGAAACCCAGGUUGGAGAAAGAACACAGGGUAAACAAACAAAGCUUCAGGAUAACCAUGUUAAUGAGGCUGCUGAAGCCGAGCUGCUGGAGGACGAAAUUACGUAUGCCUCUGUGUGCACAAAACCUAAUAAACCAAAAGAAAGGUUCCCGGAUUUCGCCUCCCCCCCUCUACACACGGCUGUGGGCUUUACCAGCCAGUAUAAGGGAAGCCCCGGAAGGCGCCCGCGUUCCCCUAAGGAACAGGACCGAAGAGAUCACAGGUUCCCGGAUUUCGCCUCCCCCCCUCUACACACGGCUGUGGGCUUUACCAGCCAGUAUAAGGGAAGCCCCGGAAGGCGCCCGCGUUCCCCUAAGGAACAGGACCGAAGAGAUCACAGGGAGGUAAACGCUCGAGAAGAAGAAGAGAACAGCAGAAGUGGCUGGAAAACCCAGGAUGAAGACGUGAUGUACGCUUCUGUGUCCAUCCAACCCACUAUACCUAAAAAAGGACCUGUCCACACUGUCCAAGAAGAUGAUUCCAUUAUCUACAGCGCAGUGAAGACAAACUGAUCACAGCUCCGCACGUUAUGUAACCACAAAGCAUUUGGGCGUAUUUGUAUAUCAUUAGAAAAUCGCUUGCUAUGAAACAUCUGCUGUGAACCACUAGGUGGAAACUAUAAAAGAAAUUUAUUGAAA